AUGCGUCUCCGGUGGAUGAAGGGUUUCGCUGGGUUGGCUCUGCUAGCGCUGAGCGCUCUGUUUUACGGUACCUACUACACAUCGCUGGUCGAGACACACAGAGGACAUCAGGGCCCUAUACAAAAUUAUCUCUCCACCAAGACUCUCGAUGGAACCCUUCAUCCUUCUGACAUCAUUACGGAACAGGAGAGACGGGGUGACUUGAAGCAUGAGACUAGGACGUCCUCCCAUGUUGCGACACCUGUAAAUUCCCUUCCUACUUGCCCCACAUCUCUGCGUCUGAGGGUACACAAUGACUCCGCCUUUGGGAAAUUGUUCAAUUUUGACACUCCUCUUCUUCAAUGGGACAGUCACAUGACUGGGAGAAUUUGGAAAAGUCUAAGCCAGAGACCAGUGCCCUACGGCUGGAAGGAUCUUCCCAGACAAGACAUCAGCUCCACGCUGAAACUACUGAAUGCCUCCACAAACAGGAUCAUGUUUGACUUCCACCCUCCUCGAGGCUGUGUGCGUUGUGCGGUGGUGGGAAACGGUGGAAUUCUUAACGGGUCACGAAAGGGUAAAGAGAUUGACGAACAUGAUUAUGUGUUCAGGCUGAACGGGGCCGUGAUAAAAGGUUUUGAAGCUGAUGUUGGGACGAAAACUUCAUUUUAUGGUUUUACUGUAAACACUAUGAAAAACUCUCUUAUUGCUUACCAGGAGUAUGGUUUUACAGAAACGCCCAAAGGAGAGGGCCUUCGGUAUAUUUUCAUACCUUCUGACUUGCGGGAUUAUAUCAUGCUGCGUUCCGGCAUUUUAGGCGUUCCUGUACCUGAUGGAUAUGACAAGGGGGACAAGCCAUCUGAUUAUUUUGGGCCACAGGCUUCCCCAAACAAGUUCAAAUUUUUGCAUCCAGAAUUCUUGUUGUAUAUCAGGGACAGGUUUCUGAAGUCAGAGGUGUUAAAGUCUCAGUAUGCAAACUUGUACAUGCCAAGCACAGGAGGGCUCAUGCUGUUUACCGCUCUUCACAGCUGUGACCAGGUAAGUGCUUAUGGAUUUAUCACUCAAAAUUACAAUCUAUUCUCCGAUCAUUAUUAUGAGCGAGAGAAAAAGCCUCUCGAGUUUUAUGCCAAUCACGAUAUGAUAAUGGAAAUGCAACUCUGGCGUAGACUGCAUGACAAGGGGAUAAUGCAGCUGUACCAGCGGAGAGAUGCGAAAAGUUAACACCCAUCCUUGUCCCUAAAUAUGCCACCGCUAUGCUUUCAUCUUUGGUCCUAUCACCUUAUUCAAAUGUGGGAGGUUGUUCCAGCACAAGGCAACAAACCAUCAAGAAGACUAAGACGCAUACCAUAUUGUUUAUAAUUCCUCACGUCUUUGGCAUUUGAAAGCUUUAAACUAGGUGGUGCUCACCUUCAGCUUUAUCUCAAGAUCCAAAAUCUUCUCAGAUUGAAGCUUCAGGCAACCUUGAAGUGCUGUCAAAUACCAGUCAAUUCAAGGGGCAGCUUCAUACAGUAGGACCUUUGGAACUUUGAACCCCUACAAAAACAAAAAUGGGCUUCGGUGGGAUGCAAGCUGGACAUACGUCAUAUCCAGGAACUCUUACCCUUCCAGAAGCUACGGUGAAGCAUGGUCUUUCUACUUUAUCCACCAUCCUGCUCUUUCCGCGUGAACCUUUAUAUAUUCUUUGACGAUUUACGUUGGAUCGGCCAAACAUAUCGUCCCUUGCAUUUUAUAUAAGUCGCCCAUCUCAACAAUGACAUCCACAAAAUUUAUGUCUACAAGUUUAUGAAACCACAGAACUUUUAAGGUGGGAUUUGGGGGCUUUUAGACGUUCAAAGUGCUACUUUCUAAGUAAAGAGAAUUAGCCUACAAUUUAAUGGCAGCUAAGUGACUAAGAUGACAUCUUUUAAUGGUUUUUAUAAAGUCAACUAUAAAUUGCUUUUUAGAGGGUGUUUUUAACAUGUUUUUUUAAAUAAACAAAUGUAUAUAACAAC